AUGUUUUAUCGUAAUUUACCACGUUCACUACGAUUUCGUCAAAAUACACGCUCAACGACGAGAUAUAUUGAUCCAGCGAAUGCUGCUUCAUUGAGAUCACGACUACGUGCACGUGAGCAGGAAGAACAGGCAAGAUUUGACCAAGGAAUCGAUCAAAAUAGUCCAGUUGUGCUAGAGAGAGAGAGAACUGACUUUGAACGUGAGAUGGCACGUAUUCACGUAGAUACGCAGACAGGGUCGGCAUUGGCUGAAGGGCACACUAUGACGUCCAAUCAGAGCGACAAAUAUUUGAAUCGAAUGAGUAGUUUACUGUCCACGGACUCGCAGAGUACACCCUCUGGACCGCGCAAACGGUACAAGAUUAUUAAGAUUAACGACGGAAUCAAUGUGCCCAAGCAUGAGCCAAGUGCACCUACAGACGGAGAGGAAGAUGAGAAAAAUGAGGACAAAGAAGAGCUAUUUGUGUCGAAUGAAGUCACGACAUCGCAGUACACGUGGUGGAGUUUUGUGCCCGUGUUCUUGUACUUGACAUUCCAGAAGACGGCCAACUUGUAUUUUUUGCUCAUUGGUAUUUUCCAGCUUGUUCCAUCCGUUUCGCCAACUAAUGGAGUUCCUUUACAAUUUGGUCCUCUUGCGAUUGUAAUCGUUAUUGAUGCUAUCUUUGCCGGUUACGAAGAUUACAAGCGACAUAUUGCGGAUGACAUUGCCAAUUCGGCCAAGACGCAGGUGUUUAAUCGCCAAUUGCGUGAGUUUGAAGAGGUUGAAUGGCGCGAGGUCAAAGUAGGAGAUUUUGUCAAGGUGGCCAAUCGCGAGAUUUUGCCAGCAGAUAUCAUGAUAAUGGCUGUAGUUCCUGCCGAAGGGGCACGCAUUGAGGGAAACACGGGUGUGUGUUACGUUGAAACAAAGAAUCUCGAUGGCGAGACCAACCUUAAAUUGCGGGAAGCGCCAUUGUCUACUCGAAACGUUUUUGUAAACGAGGAAGACGCAGGUUACAUUAUUCAGGGAUAUGUGGAAAGUGAACUUCCGAAUGGUGAUAUUAACACGUAUUCGGGUACAAUGUAUUUGGAAGAGAACUUGGAUGGGGCCAGCUUUGAGGGGAUCCCUCUUACAUUGAAGAACAUGCUGCUUCGUGGUAGUAAGCUGCGUAACACGAGCUAUGUUUAUGGUUUGGUGGUGAACACUGGUGUCGACAGUAAGAUUAUGAUGAGUUCUGGUGACGAAUUUCCUGUAAAGAUUUCAUCUAUUGAUGAGACGACGAAUAAGCAAGUGAUUGUUGUGGUUGUUAUUUUGGUUAUAAUGUCGCUUGUCGGUGCCAUUACAGACCGGAUAUGGAUGGAUACUCAUGUCCUUCCAGCAUAUUUACAACUGGAAGACUGGGGCGACAGUCUCAUCAUAAUGUUUGUUUACUUCUUCACGACGCUCGCUUCCAUGGUGCCAAUUACACUCUAUGUGUCGAUUACGCUUGUGAAAGCUUUGCAAGUAUUUUUCAUGGAAAAAGAUCUUGACAUGUAUGAUGAAGAAAGUGGUACAUUUGUUAAGGUUCGCAAUAUGCAGCUAAAUGAGCAGUUGGGUCACAUUUCACACAUCUUUUCGGAUAAGACGGGCACUCUUACUUGUAACAAAAUGGAAUUUCGUAAGUGUAGUGUUGGUGGUCGGAGCUAUGGCAAGGGAACAACGGCCAUUGGUAUUGCUGCUCGCAUGCGAAAUGAUUUUAAGGGAGAUCGAGUUGUGGACGAAGAAUCUGCAAAUGAUUUAGGUGGUCUCAUGGAAAUAUCGGUGCCCAAUGUAAAUUUUAAGGACAAUAGGAUGUGGCAGGAUAUGCAGGCCAAGGAUGACCCACAAAGUGCAAAGAUUGAAGAGUUUAUGACCUUGCUAGCGUUGUGCCAUGGUGUUCUUAUUGAGAGGCUUGACCCAACUGAAGAGGAUACGAGCCCUUCUGUUCACUACUCGGCUUCUUCUCCGGACGAGCUUGCUCUUGUUUGUGGUGCCAAGUAUUUUGGCUACGAGUUUAUUGACCGCAAACCGGGAAGUGUGUCGAUAAAGAAACCUGAUGGUGCUGUGGAUGAGUACGAUAUUUUAGAAGUCUUUGAGUUCGAUUCAAAUCGAAAGCGCAUGUCUGUUAUAGUGCAGCGUCAGAAACGUGACGAUGAACUCCGCUUAAUGUCGGAAGGCGAAGAGGAUGACGUGCUGCUUCUCACUAAGGGAGCUGAUAGCAUGCUGUUUCCUCGCCUCGAUUCAAUGUCUGCAAACAACGAACAAAUUCGUGAAUCAACAGAGAAGCAUUUGGAAGCUUUUGCACAAGACGGGCUCCGAACACUGGUUAUUUGUGCAAAAAGAAUCAAUCCUCCAGUUUGGAAACAAUUUUACGCAAAGUAUCGUCAAGCAUGCGGUGACUUAAGUGAAGUUGAGGCGAAGUCGCGUGGUGAACUAAACGCAAUUGAUAAGCUCCAGGACCAGAUGGAGUCAAAUCUAGAACUGCUCGGUGCUACUGCUAUUGAAGAUCGCUUGCAGGAUGGCGUACCUGAAACCAUGGAAUCUUUAGCUAAAGCUGGGAUCUGUAUAUGGGUGCUUACAGGGGACAUGGAGGAAACGGCCAUCAACAUUUGUUAUGCAUGCCGCUUGCUCAACAAUGACAUGAAGCGACACGUGAUCAGUGCGGCAAAAUACCGGACGAAGGGAUCCAUUUUACGAAAACUUGACAAAAUUUUCCACUUGAUUUUCGACGCUUGUGAUGAUGGCUCACAAUCAUCAACAACAGCUGCCCAUUCAGUCUUAUCGCCGCCAUCUGGUCAAGUUGAGCAUGCGUUGGUUAUCGACGGCGCGUCGCUGAAUAAGAUCUUGGAAGACCCACUACACAACUUACAUCUUCUUCGUGUCUCGCUAUUGUGUAAGGUUGUGGUUGCUUGUCGUGUAUCACCUCAGCAAAAAGCACAGUUGGUGGAAUUGGUAAAACUGAAUGUUCCCGAAUCACAUACGCUCUCGAUCGGUGACGGUGCGAAUGACGUCCCAAUGAUUCAAAGUGCUCAUAUUGGAGUUGGCAUUAGUGGACAAGAGGGUUUGCAAGCCGUAAACAGCUCCGACUACGCGUUGGGUCAAUUCCGGUUUCUGCGUAACUUGAUCUUGGUUCAUGGGCGGUGGAAUUACAACCGCGUUGCGGCACUCGUUCUGUACACGUUUUAUAAGAAUAUUGCAUACAAUGUCUCCAUGUUCUGGCACACGUUAUGGCCAACGGCGUACUCCGGGACUAUGAUCUAUUCUCCAUUCAUUCAGCAGGGCUACAAUCUUUUAUUCACGGCUCUGCCGAUUGUUGUUUUCUCGGCCACUGACAGAGAUUUGUCAAAGAAGACUGUGCUGGAGUUUCCAGUUUUGUAUCAUGCCGAGGUGCGCAAGAAAAGUUUUUUUUCACACUUGAUGUUCUGGAAAUGGAUAUUUUUAGGCAUUAUCGAUUCUGUCGGAAUUUACUUUGCAAUUAUGGCAAUUUGCUGGAACAUUGAACAUGGAGGCAACACAGUCGAGUAUCUGUCGAUGCAGACCCUCGGCUGGACGAUUUUAUGCGUUGUUGUAAAUAUGCGUUUUUGCUUAAUGGUUAACUCGUGGGACAUUCUUGAGAUCGGAAGUAUGGCUCUUUCGGUCUUUAUGGUGUAUUUUUGUCAGUAUCUCAUCGAUCAAAUUAACUGGUCGUACGACACGGAUUCACUACCGUGGCAAUUCGGCCGCGCUCAGUUCUGGCUUGGCCAAGUGUUUGCCGUGGUUGCCAUUCUUUUCAAGGAUUUUUUUUAUGAAGGAUGCCGUCGUCGUUUUGUUCCAGAGUACAUUGAUUUAGUGAAGGAGUUGCAAGACGAAAAGUCCUCGAUUUCGCGCGAGGAACUGGCAGAGUUUAAGCCUCCUCAGGUCAAUUAUUUGAACCCAGAGCUGGCUGGCAUGAUUGACUACCAGGACCGUCGCGUGCGUGAUAGUGUGCCUGUUAAACAUACGGCUCAAGGCCGUUCAAAAUUGUAUAGGGGUUUUGCGUUUGACCAGCCGGCCAACAUCGUCAAUUGGAUUUUGACUGGAACGCACAACAACAGCGGCCAAGAGUGCCGAAAGAGAAUUAACGCGGAUGUCCGCAAUAUUAUUUUAAAUUCGGACGACCCGGUACUUUUCGAGAACCAGCGCUACCAGCCAUUCUGUGGAUAUGGCAGCUCGUUUCCAGGCUACCUUUUGCCAACAGAUCGGAAGCGUUGGAGCGAUCGUUCAGGCAAGAUAAGCGCUCAAGUUAUUCCUUUAGCUGGCUUAGAGCUUAAUCUCGACGUGCCAGGGUGCGAUGAUGACGGUUGGGUGUAUGAGAAUGAUUUUGCCUUCUUCCCUUCAACACCUCCCAAAUUUGACAAUGAAGAAGAGGAAGAGGAGGAUCUACGAGUGAGUAAUACUACCGAUAACCGAUGCAGCACGAAUGGAAAGAGCAAAAAGAAAAAAGUGAAGAAGCCACGUCCACAUCACGGUUUUGUUCGUCGUCGUGAGUGGAAGCUCUCGGAGGAGUACAAGGUACAGGAGGAGGCUCGACGUGCAUUAAACCUCAGCAAGAGUUCAUCCGUGGAGCUUGACGAUGAAUCGCGAGAAUUUACAUUAUCUACCCAGUCUUCUUGA